ACUCCUAUUCAGAAUGUCAGAGUUAUUCGAGUAAAUCAAAAAGCUUCAAUUUUUUGUUGGCUUAUUAGUGUUCAGAUGCACUCGAAUAAAUUUUAAAAACACGCCUUGAUAGAAAUUUCAAUGAAACGGCGGUGCAGUGAAUUUGAAUUUCUAUAAAAUUUAAAAUUAUCAAAAGAUAAUUACACUGUUUUUUUUUUCGUGGUUUCUUGGACGACAUACGCGUGUGCGAUCGCCCCCUCGCAAAUUAUUAAGUGAAUUGUGUUCGUUUACUUAGACUGGGAGGGAGCACGUGUGUGGCGUCCGGGAGGCGCGGUGCUAGUGCUUGAUUUUCAAGCUUGAUUGACUUGCAGUGCGGUCUAACUUGGCAGAAAUCAAAGAAAACUGUCAGAGUAAGCAUUCUACCUUUAUUUCAGAGGAAAAGAACAUCAGAGGCGUUAUGUCUGACUGGAGUCUUUCAGACCCAUUACCAUCAAAUGAGAAAGAGGUGGCCAACGAAGGCAACGAAAAUCAAGUGGACGAUCAUUUGAAUAUCCACCAAGAUUCAGAUAUAGAAGGGUAUACACCCCCGGGUACACCCCCAAAAAGAGAUAUGGAGGGAAAGUCUCAACCUACUGACUCACAAAUGGAGUGGAGAAUGGAUAAUCUGGAGAAUGCUCUCGAGAGACACUCCGAUAUACUCGACAAUCAUGCUGAAAUAAUCAGAGAUCAAACAGUAGCCAUACUCGAUAUGAAGGAAAACACCGUCAUACAGAAACUCACAGAACAAAUAGGAAAAUUAACUUCAGAGGUAAUUAUCCACCUUGCCAGUUCCACACUCAGAGACAUAAGUGAGACAGAGUUUAGUAACAAUAUCAAUUCAACAAACUUAUCAGACGGAACAAGCGCAUUAGGCGACCUCAGCAGAGCUUGUAAUGAACUCAGACGAUCUAUUGCCCUAAACGCAACUAAUUCAAAAAUAAACAUAAAGAGAAAUUAUAACUUAACAAAAAAAGUACCACUUAACAUUUGGUUAGACAAUAUAAAUGCUGAAUUAAAAGCUAAUAAUCUUGCAGACAUACUUGACGAUUCUCAACAAUCAGACGUUUCAGAGACAGUAAUAGAAAGACAAAACAGAAAAGACCAAGUCAGAUACAUUGUAAUAAGUCACGUAGAUGAUUAUUACCAUAAUAAGAUUUUACAAAUAAAAGACCCAUUAGAAAUAGUCCAUAAAAUCAAAGAGUUCAGACGAGCAGAGGCCAAUGUUACCGAUUCUUCAGUCAGAGAAAAAUUAUAUAGUCUCAAAAUGAACAAUAGAGAAUCAGUAAACGAAUUUUGCGAUCGUUUUGACUCUAUUAUCAGAGAUUUUGAAAAUUGUAUUACCAAAACACCUCUGACGGAGGAAGAGAUAAGAUCGGCCUUCUUUCAAGCUGUUAGUAUAAAGUUUAAAGAAAUCAGAUCGGCCAAUAUUAUCAGACUUCAAGCAACCAAAUCAGAGAUGAGCCUUGAUGACAUAAAAACUUUGAUACUACAGCUGGAAUCAGACAGACGCAAAUCAGACGGUCAGUCUUCAGACGACAGGCAAAAAAUUGCAGCUAAACAGGCGAUAAUCACAGACAAGUGUUAUCGCUGCAAUAAGGUGGGACACAGAGCAGCCUUUUGUCCUCUUAAAGAGUACAAUCUAUGGUACUGCUUUUAUUGCCAGGCUGUAGCUCCACACAAAGGGGAUGAUUGUCCAAAUAAGGAUAAUCCCAAAGAUGGGUAUGUAAAAUCUUAUACAUAUAACAACACAAACACAACAGUAAUAACUUCAGAGGUAGAGGUAACAGAGGAAGGGGUGGUUAUAAUAAUGUCAGAGGUAGAGGAAAUAAUGUAAGAAGGGGAUCUUUCAAACGCAAGGUCGAUAUACAAACAC